AUUUAUCUGACGAAGAGUUGAAGAUCAAGAAUAAUUUUUUUGUCUUCUUCAUACCUCUUAUGAGAGAGAUAAUCUUCGUUAUCAGUUUCUAAGCAAUGUAGUUUGUAGCUUGCUCGGAUCAGGUUUGAAGAAAAAAAAUGUCCAGAAUAAUCGAUAAAUAAUAAAUAAUUGUUCUUUUAAAUAAAGUUCUGUAGAUAAAAAAAUCUAUAAAAUAUUGUAAAAUUAUUGUUUGAGUAAAUUUUGAAUGUUCAACGUGGUAAGUACAAGGUUAUUUUUUAUAUACCUACUCUCAAAAACUCUAAAAAAAACAGAUCUUGAAAAUAUAAUAAAACAUAGAUCACAUUUUCGUAAAUUGCACUUGCAUGUUUAAUUUGAAAUCCGUAGUAUAUACCUAGAGCUUUGCAGCUAGUUAAAAAGUUAAAAUUAUUGCUUCCACGAAGUAGACUCUAGUGCAUGUUUGCAAGAACUGCAUCGAAAAAUUUUCAAAAUACUCUCUCAAUCUUCACACUACAAAAACAACAAAACGCACAUCUUUUGCACUACACGUUCAUCCAGCAAAUGCAGUCGAUUUGCGAUUGUUUCUUACACAUGUUAAACACAUUGAUGCUCUAAAUAUAGGACAAUGAUACAUUGCUACAAAAUUGUGCCCAUCGGAAGUUGUUCUACUCCCAAAAAAAAAAAACCCUUAAGAUAUACCGAUGACGAUCCUUUAGCUAUAUAUGAAAAAGUCGGUUCAAUGUAGUUGCAGGUUAUAUUUGCCGUUAUAUGAAACUGUAUUUUCGAUUUGAUAUUUAGGUGGAAUCCAAAAUAAUAAUAAAAAAUAUUACCGGUAGCAAAUCGACCGAAGCCUAGCAAUGGUUAGAAAAUUUAUCUGUAGUGAAAGUAGUCUUGUCCCUAGGAUAACCACAACCUCUCAAAGUCGUGAGAUUCCUGAAAAGUACAUUUGUUUGGAUAUUAUCUUGAAUUGAAGUAAAAAAAAAACAAAUAAGCCAAUUCUGAGUUGAUCGUUGUAACGUUAUCGAUAACAUUGUAUCCUACUGUUCGCUUCUUCCCCGUUUUCCCGUCUUGUUCUUCUCUUUUCUCGUUUUUCCUUCCGAAACCUUUAAUGUUUUCCAUCGACUAUCGGAAAAACAUCGGAAAUUGCAUUGCAACAAUUGUGGAACUUCAUCACCAGGAGUUGCAGGAUGUUUCUCGACAGCCUUCACUGGAGUCGCUCAAUGGGGCCGAUGGUCAUCUACAUCCGAGUCAUGCCUACCACAAUGGACAUCGACGGUCGCCGAGCUUGAGGAGAGAAUCGCCGCUGGUAAGAACUCCUAGUCCCCGACGAAGGCAUCACCAGCACCACCACGAGGUCGGAUUCUCCGAUACGGUGUCGAACGUCGUCGAAAUCCAGAAGGAGGAGCACAGACGGGGUAGGCAACAUUUCGGCUACGCCUACAAAAUCAAUCGAG